CAUGUUUCAGCCAAAAUGGUGAAAUCAACUAAAAUAAAAGCACAAACAGUGCGUGCUGGAAACAAAAAAAAUAUAUCAACAAAUACCCGGAAAUCUUUAACAAAUUUAAGCAAGAAAGAUUUUUUAGAAAGGGCAACAAUAACGCCCAGUAAUGAAGUUUUAAAAGGCAAUAACUUGGUCCGAGUACGCAAAUGUAUUGUGCGAAUUAAACGACUUAAGCUACAAGCAACGGAUCCUACAACAUACGAUGUAAAUAAGAUAUUAACUGCUGCGCAAUUAAAAUAUGGGGACACCGAAAACCGGGACGAUGCGCAUGCAAGGAUUUAUUCAUUACAACCAGGUGGUUUUCAGGGUAUGGGAAAGGCGUCCGAGAAUGCUGACAGGCGAAACGUCAAACUGAAAGCUACGGACAAAACGCAGGCAAAGAGUUUGAGCAAAUCCCAGUCCACACAGCACUCAGAUUUCCCAAUAAAACCUUGUCGAGUACGCAUCCUUCGCUUCGCCAAUAAGCAGCUAGAAAAAUCACAAUCCGAUCAGUUCGCAGAUGCAGGCAAGAAACACCGGGACGACAAGUCGGUGAAGAAUUUCACUCUGCACGAAGAUUAUUCGAUAAAACCUUGUCGCGUACGAAUACGUCGCUGUUCCACCGUUCAGGAUAUUGCUAAGAAGCAGUUAGAGAACCAACCACCUGCUCGAUUCGAAGAUAUUGGCAGGAAGCGUCUGGAUGAAAAGCCGGCGGGGAAUUGUCCGCAGCAUCAAGGUAACGUCACCGUAACACGUCGAGAGCGUAUCAUACGCGACGCAAAUGUUCAGGAAACGUGUCAGAACGAGCAGAAGAAGUUGAUCAUGCCGCAACGUGUGCCGCGAUUUUUUCAUCGCGAUCAGCCGCCAACCAGAACCCGUUCUUCGGUCACAAGGCAGGUCUAUGACUUUCUUUCACAGUCCCAAAUCGAAGACGAUGAAAAACCCGAUCCGGCGGCGGAUAUAAUAAAAAAUAUGAUUGAAAACGGUCGAGCCUGCGCGAUGACUCGCUCAAAAACGGGGAAAACGCGCGCACGCGCUGUACGUAAAAAAGUGCGUCCAGUGGGCAAGCGAAAGCAGUGCUCCAUUCGCAACGUGGAUGGAAAGGAGCCAAUCAUUGCUCAGGAGACGGAGCAACCACACCUUUCACCCAUCUGUGAGGAGCAAAACAAUGUAAGAGUAGAUAUUGUACCUGAGCAAGUAGAUAAACCCGUCCAGCUGUUACCAACCACUGCAGUGGCUCAUAAAACAGUUGUAGAGGGCGCCUACAGUCCAUUAGCGCGGUCUCUCAUGCUCAAUCAAACUAAGGCACAGCAAUUUACGGAAAGGCGCCUUGAACUGCUGCAAAUGGCCAAGAAAUGUGUUAGCACACCGCUCAAUGGCAGGAGCCAUACAGCUCUAGAUGCAAACUCAACUAUAUUGUCUCCUGUGCUGGGGAAUUCAGGCACAAGACAAAUGUCGCCGCUAACUGCAACGGCUACUCCUAGUGGCGUCAGUUCUCCUUGGCGAGUGCCUGACGAGACUCCUCUGCCUAAUACCUUUGAGUUUGGCCUAAACACAUCACAAUUACCCUCGUACUCGAGUGAUUUUAUACGCAAACGGCAUGUCUAUUUACCCGGUGAUCCUGAGUGCUCUGCUUCUAUUGAACAGGAUAUCAGCGCCGUUGGUAACGAUUCAAAUGGGGAAAAUGUUCCGCCACCAGCAGAAGUAGAAGAGACAUCCACUGGGCCGCAAUCAUUGACAAUUGAUGAUCAAGAUAUCGAAAAUGUGGAGAAUCUUGUGCAAUUACCUAAUCCGCGACGAGCACUUCAGUAUCGUAGUCCUUUGAAGGACAUCAAUAUAUUAGAUGUAGUUGUCCUGCCAUCAUGGAAGAAAAAUGUUCAACAAACAAACAGGACCCCCAUAAAAGAAUUGCUGAGUAGCAAUCAGCGGCAAGAAUUUAAUAGCAAUUGUCCAGGACAAGAAACAAGCAAGAACCCCAUAGAAAAGUCCAUGAGCCGGAAUGAGCUACAGGAAGUCAAUAGUCCAGGACAUCAGUGUGCACGGGAUAAUCAGCAACAGCAGCGGCAACGUUGUGACCUGUUUGGCUUUGAGGAUUUUCUCAGUGAAGAAGAUGAAGUCUGCGACCGGGAUCCUAACCAAAUCGUGACGAAAAGUUGCGCCGACACAACACUACACGAAAAGUUGCAGCGGUUGAAGAAGCUGCGACCUGCACAGCAGGAACUACCACAGGUAUCGCAAGCCCCUAUGCGACAUGCUUACGAUGAUUUGAACGCACGGGAGCCCCGGCAGCGUAACAUUAAAGAUAUGCUCUGCUCAACAAUGAUUGCUAAGGAACCCACGAAUGAAUCGCUGGCGUUAUUUAAGGAUUUCGAGCCAGAGACAACUUUUGAUGAAAAGAAACCACGUCGGACUUACGUGGUGGAGAAACCGAAGCGGAAGCGAAAGCAGCGUGUGCGUGUUCUUUUCGUCGACUCAGAUUCGUCGGAAAAUGAGGAUGAGGCCAACGAGCACAGCUCCAAGAACAAUAGUGACGAAUUGCCCAAAAGGGCAAUGCCACCUCAAAAGCGAACGCGCAGAGAUGCAGAACAUGAGGCCAAGUUGCAGCAGUUUAUCACGAGCUUCAAUCAAGAGUGUUCAGAGGUGGAAAAGUUUCCACUGAUCAUAGAAUAGUUGGGAUCACAGCGCAGGCGUAAAGUUAACUUGUUUUCCCUUUUAUGUUACCUUUUACAAUCCUUUACAUAAAGCUUAACUUAAAGUUAACUCUCACAAA